AUGGAUGACUCUGAGCACAAGCCUGAUGAACCUGAAUUCGCCCUUGGGAACUCACAUAAAGGGUGUCUGUCCUUGCUGGUCACAGUCCAACACACAGAACGCUAUGUCACCCUGUUCGCCUCGGUCACCCUCAAGUGUGACUACACCACCUCGGCUCAGCUCCAGGAUGUGGUCGUGACAUGGCGCUUCAAGUCCUUCUGCAAGGACCCCAUCUUUGACUACUUCUCUGCCUCAUACCAGGCUGCUUUAUCCCUGGGCCAGGACCCCACCAAUGACUGUAGUGACAACCAGAGGGAAGUUCGCAUCGUGGCCCAGAGGCGGGGGCAGAACGAGCCCGUGCUGGGGGUGGAUUACCGGCAGCGCAAGAUCACCAUCCAGAACCGGGCAGAUCUUGUGAUUAAUGAAGUGAUGUGGUGGGAUCAUGGGGUUUACUAUUGCACCAUUGAGGCUCCAGGAGAUACGUCAGGAGACCCGGAUAAGGAGGUGAAGCUCAUUGUCCUACGUAAGUGCUGCUGGAGCUCUCUUGGGCCACCCAUCAAUGUAUGCUUCAUGCAAAA